GGAAGGGGGCUUCAGCAGGGGGGAGACUAGUCAGGGAUCGCUGAUCUUUUCCCCCUGGAGCACCCACAGCCCCCGGGGCACGGUGCCAGCUGGUUUCUGUCCUGCAGGGUGCUGACCGAGGGGUGCAGUGAGACCCCCACCCAUGGCCCACAGCGCCAAGCAGCCGCCCGCCGCCGUGCUACACGCCACGGGCAAGGCUCAGCAUGGGAACUUUCUGGUGGCCAUCAAGCAGGAGAAGGGAGAGUCGGCACGAGUGGGUGGUGAGAAGCCACACGGCGAGGAGGAGCCGGUGAAGAAGAGGGGCUGGCCCAAGGGCAAGAAGAGGAAGAAGAUCCUCCCCAACGGCCCCAAAGCCCCCGUGACGGGCUACGUGCGCUUCCUGAACGAGCGGCGCGAGCAGAUCCGCACCCAGCACCCCGACCUGCCCUUCCCGGAGAUCACCAAGAUGCUGGGAGCGGAGUGGAGCAAACUGCAGCUCUCGGAGAAGCAGCGGUACCUGGAUGAAGCGGAGCGGGAGAAGCAGCAGUACAUGAAGGAGCUGCGGGAAUACCAGCAGUCAGAGGCCUACAAGAUGUGCACGGAGAAGAUCCAGGAGAAAAAGAUCAAAAAAGAGGAUGCAGGUUCUGCAGCUGUGAACACCCUGCUCAACGGGCACAAGGCUGGCGAGUGCAGCGACACCUUCUCCACCUUCGAUGUGCCCAUCUUCACUGAGGAGUUCUUGGACCAAAACAAAGCCCGGGAGGCUGAGCUGCGGCGCCUGCGCAAGAUGAACACGGAGUUCGAGGAGCAGAACGCCAUCCUGCAGAAGCACACGGAGAGCAUGAACUGCGCCAAGGAGAAGCUGGAGCAGGAGCUGGCGCAGGAGGAGCGGCAGACCCUGGCCCUGCAGCAGCAGCUGCAGUCGGUGCGGCAGGCCCUGACCGCCAGCUUCUCCUCCCUGCCCAUCCCCGGCACCGGGGAGACCCCCACGCUGAGCACCCUGGACUUCUACAUGGCCAAACUGCACAGUGCCAUCGAGAGCAACCCCCUGCAGCACGAGCCGCUGGUGCUGCGCGUCAAGGAGAUCCUGUCCCGGAUCGCCAGUGAACACUUGUGAGAGGACCAGUCCCUCUGGAGCCUGGGGCUGGCUGGACCCUGUCCCUGUCCCUUGGAGCUCACGCAAGGGACAGUCUCUGCCGGGGGUCCGGCUGCUUCCCCCCCACCCCUCGCACCUUGCAGCGUGAGCCGGGACCCCCCAGCCCGGAGCGCCCGACCCUGCGGCUGCCCCGGCUCCAGAGACCUCGAGCUUUGGGGGAGAGGUGGGGACAGAGCUGAGAGCCCAUCCAGGGUGGUGCUGGGUGAGGGGUCACUGGUGGUGUGAGCACCCCCCACUCUCCCAUGAGGCCCCCAGCUCCGCCUUGCUCAACCAGGGGCUCCCCAAAGCCUGAUGGGGAGGUGCUGGCGGGUUCUGGCCUGGAGUGAACCCAACUCUUCCAGGGUGACCUGGGGCUGUGGUGCUGGGGGGGCAGCAGGGGGUGACCAGGAGUUCCUGGGGAGGCAGUGAAGUGAACAGGAGUCCCUGGAGCUUGGCACUGCCUCCCAGCCCCAGACCAGCCUGGGAAACCCUUGGUCCCAUCCCACAACGGGGCUGGGGGCAGCUCCUUCCCCCUGCCUCUGCCUUUAUUUAAUCGUCCCCAUGGGUGCCUUUGGCCACUGUCCCUGUCACCUCACCUGGCUGCUCUUUCCCCCCACCUUUGGGACCAGACAGAGAGCUCCUGAAGGCAAUAAACUGCCUCCUGCUGGAGGGGAGCUGGGGCAGACCCCUUCCUGCAGUGGGGACCCCUGGGCUGGAGGGAGCUGGGACUUACCCCUUCCCAUGACAGGGAGCCUGGGGGAGCUGGGACUGACUCUCUCCCAUGGUGGGGACCCCUGUGCCAGGGGAGCUGGGACUGACCCCUUCCCGCUGUGGGGACCCUGGGUGUGCUGCACUGGCUUUCAGCUCCUGCCCCCCACCCCCUGCCUGAGCCCCCCUGCUCUUGUGGGACCACUGUGCUGGCAGCCACAUCUGGCCGUGCUGUGCCGGGGUCGGUGUCCCCGGGGCUGCCUGUCACUAAUCUCAGACUGUGUAAUUAGAGAGUGUCUUAUUUUCUUACUUAGCACUAUGUGGGCCUGGCCCUGGCUCUAAUGGGGGGCUGGGGUGCUUCCCCCCCCUCACCUGCCAGGCCUGUGCUCUGUAGCUGCAUCUCUGGUUUGCCAUCUCCUGGUGCCGCUGGGCUUGGGCUGGAGAUGGGAGCAAAUAAACGUGGGAGAAAACCA